AAUGUUAGUACUGUCUGUCCUGUUAUCAUAGCAAAAAGUGACAGGAAAACUAGAACAGAGAUUGGGACUUCAUUUAAGGGAGGGUUUGCGUUUACUGGUUAUUGCGGCAAAGCAGAGAGGGUUAAUCUAUGCCUUAACAGAGCACCUGUGAUGGCAGCAAGGUGGGCGUAAGGCAUUUGAGGGCUUUCAUUCUACACCCCUGUUCCACUUGGACUGGCAGGAGUUACUGGGUAUCAUUCUUAAAUGUCUGGUAUCCUACAAGUUUCUUUUCUUGUUAGGACUUCUGCAGGACAUUCCUUUGAACCUUAGAGCUCAGAGACAACUGGAAGGAAACAUCUCAACUCUGUGAACCUCAGUUUGGGCAUAAAUUCCAGGUUUGCUCCCUAAUAUUAAAGAGAAAAAUGCUGCUAUCGGUGACUUCCAGACCUGGGAUUUCGACUUUUGGCUAUAACAAGAACAACAAAAAGCCAUAUGUGUCAUUAUCUCAGCAGAUGGCACCACCUAGUCCAAGCAACAGUACCCCUAACAGCAGCAGUGGGAGCAAUGGAAAUGACCAGCUGAGCAAAACCAACCUCUACAUCCGGGGAUUGCAACCAGGCACUACUGACCAGGACCUUGUCAAGUUGUGUCAGUCAUAUGGCAAGAUUGUCUCCACUAAGGCCAUACUGGACAAGACCACAAACAAAUGCAAAGGCUAUGGCUUUGUGGACUUUGACAGCCCUUCGGCUGCACAGAAAGCUGUAACGGCGCUGAAAGCCAGUGGGGUACAGGCACAGAUGGCAAAGCAACAGGAGCAGGACCCCACAAAUUUAUACAUAUCAAACCUCCCUCUGUCAAUGGAUGAGCAAGAACUGGAGGGAAUGCUGAAGCCCUUUGGCCAAGUUAUCUCCACUCGAAUCCUUCGAGACACCAGCGGGACCAGCAGAGGGGUUGGCUUUGCAAGGAUGGAGUCCACAGAGAAGUGUGAAGCCAUCAUCACCCACUUUAAUGGAAAAUAUAUUAAGACACCCCCUGGAGUACCAGCCCCAUCUGAUCCUUUGCUUUGCAAAUUUGCCGAUGGUGGUCCAAAGAAACGACAGAACCAAGGGAAAUUUGUACAAAAUGGACGGGCCUGGCCAAGGACCGGAGACAUGGGUGGGAUGGCCUUGACCUAUGACCCCACUGCAGCUCUUCAGAAUGGGUUUUACCCAGCUCCUUACAAUGUCACCCCCAACAGGAUGCUUGCUCAGUCUGCGCUCUCCCCAUACCUUCCGUCUCCCGUGUCUUCCUAUCAGAGAGUAACUCAGACAUCUCCUUUACAAGUACCUAACCCAUCUUGGAUGCACCACCAGUCAUACCUCAUGCAACCUUCAGGUUCAGUUCUAACGCCAGGGAUGGAUCACCCCAUUUCUCUCCAGCCCGCCUCCAUGAUGGGACCUGUCACCCAGCAACUGGGCCACCUCUCCCUCAGCACCACGGCCCCGUAUAUGCCAACGGCUGCAGCUAUGCAAGGAGCUUACAUUUCCCAGUACACCCCUGUGCCUUCUUCCAGUGUUUCGGUUGAGGAGAACAGCGGUCAGCAAAAUCAAGUGACUGUGGAUGCUUCCUCAGACCAUGGGGUCUAUUCUUUCCAGUUCAACAAGUAACAGUGGAUUUCCCUCCCCAUUUUGUUGAAUACAAAUGAAUCCUUGGAGAUGCUGAUGGCCCCAGACGCUAGAAGGCUAACCAGGAGACCUAACACUUGGCCAUCGUUUUUCACAGGCCUGGGCCUGAAAAGGAGAACUCUGCACUCCUGUCCUCUGCUGUUCCUCCAUUCCUGGUGGAGCCCGGGGAAACCGUCACUUUGUGUGUGUGCUGCAUUCAAGGAAAUCAAAGAAAACUCCUAUGUUUCUUUUGCAAAGGAAGCUUUAUGUUUUGUUUUUAACUGCAGUAUGCUCAGCCCCAACCCCAAAGAGACAUGGUACCUGGAGCUUCUUCUCAUCUUUAUGAAAAACACUUAUUGAAGUGUUGAAGUUAUUUGGGAAGGCUUAAAAAAUAUUUUUUGUUGUUAUUUCUUCUCUUAAAAAAAAAAAAAAGGUGUGGGGCCAGGACAUUGAAGGGGUCCUGCUGUGGGCCCUUCUCACAGAGAUUGGUCAUGCACUUUUUUGGUGCAUGUAAU